CUCCCUACAAGAACAUGCCUCUCGCAAAGGAUCUCCUUCAUCCCUUUCCAGAAGAGGAAAAGAAGAAACACAUUAAAAAGCGCCUGGUGCAGAGCCCCAAUUCCUACUUUAUGGACGUGAAAUGCCCAGGAUGCUAUAAGAUCACCACGGUCUUUAGCCAUGCACAAACGGUAGUCUUGUGUGUUGGCUGCUCCACUGUCCUUUGUCAGCCCACACACGGAAAAGCAAGGCUGACAGAAGGAUGCUCCUUCAGGAGGAAGCAGCACUGAAAAGCACCUGAUUCAAGAUGAGUGGGAA